AACAGCCACCACCCAACAACUCAAUCCUGAAUAUAUAUAUAAAUUGCCACCAGCACCAACCACUCCUUCAUAAUAUUGUUACAUUUCUCUUCUUUCGUUCAAUUUUACAGAAGAAAUCAGGAUGGAGAGUGAAGAAUCGAGUCGACCCUCCUUAGGGUUUCCUUCUGGUUUAGCUCUUUUGUUGGUCAUUUUGUUUUUGAUGAGUGGGUUCUUCACUUGUUGCCUCCACUGGGACAAGAUAAGAUCCCUAUUCCGAAUUACUUCCUCUGAAGAAAACUCCCAUGCCCAACAAGAUAUUGAGCAUCUACCCCAGAAACCUACUCCUGCUCCCCAGGAAUCAAAGGAAAACAAAGCAGAGCCCCUGCCAGUUUUGAUGCCUGGGGAUCAAGUACCAAGGUUCAUAGCAAUGGCCUGUCCAUGUGAGCCUCCGUUACUAGAGAAGAUGAUCACCAUCAAAGUGCAGAAGCCACCCCCUGUACCAAUUCCUCUAUAUUUAUAAUUUAUGUCUUCUUUUUAUUCCAUCGAUAUACUUGUACAGUUCAUCUAUAUGUAUACAAGAUAGAUAUAGUUUCUUUUUAUUGGGUAAUGAGAAUAGUUUUUUUUUUUUUUUUC